CCGCACACCGCCGAGCCUCAUCCUCCUCUACUCGUCCUUUGCGCUGAUUGGUCUGUCGUCGUCUGCCAACUUCGUCGCUGUAGCUGGUAGACCCCUCUCGCCUUUACUGUCCCCCCUUCAUGGCCUCGCGCUUUGCAGCUCUGUCGCCAUGGCGCAAUCUGGCGGCUAAGCCUCUGCCGAGCUACUCCGAGGUCCCAGUCGCUCCUUCCGAAGCGGGCAGAGCCAUUGCACUCGUCGAAGACUCUCUGGUCAUCGCCCGUGGAACAACACCGGGUACACUGGUCAUUCUCAAAGUCGGUGAUGAUCAUGCGGGCAAAUAUGGGAACAAAGUCGAGACAGUCAACCUGCCAGCGAGUGCGGCGGAUCUAGAAGCUGCGCCCUUCACUGGCGGGCACGUUGCAGUAGGCAGGGAAGAUGGGACCAUCUCAUUGCUGAGCCGAUCAGACGCUUCCGCACUACCUGCUGCAGAUAAGGAGCGGAAGCAUCCGGAGGCUAAUGGGCCAGUGCUGGUACGAUGGCACCCUCAUGCUCGCUUGCUGCUCACGGCUGCUCCUUCAAGCGCUGUCAUUUGUGUCUGGAGCAUGCAGAAGGGCGAAAUCGAAGAGCCAAGUCUGAGUAUCAAGGUCGAGGUGGGGUCAAAGGCUGGAGGUAAAUUUGUUCAUGACCUGGCGUGGAGCACCGAUGGAAAGAAGGUCUAUGCUGCCCUGGCGGAUGGUACUGUCAAGCUGUACGAUCCCCGACAGCCAGACAAGGCGGCCUUGUCCUCCACUCCAGCCCCCUUUGGUGUCCCCAAGCCAAUGAGGCUAGCGGUGACCUCGAAGUAUGUCUUGGCAUCUACUCUGAACCCUUCGCGCCAACGCGAGCUACGGGUCUACGCGGCUAGUGACCUCUCCCGCUCGCUCCAAGUCAUCACCCUCGACACCGCAUCCCACCCACUAACGCUUACGGUAGAUUAUGACCGAAACCUCGUCUUUCUCGGGUCAAAGGGUGACGUGACGCUGCGAUGGAUCGAGCUCGACGACAAUCAGAAAUUCCCACAAGGCGCCUUUCCCCUGCCACCUCGGACGACCUUUGGCAACGCUGCCUUACUCCCCCCUACGGGUCUAGACGUCAUGCAAGCCGAGAUCAACCGUCUCUACGUCCUCAGCUCGAGCGGCGAGGUGGUUCCUGUACGCAUUGAAAUCCCCCAGAGACAACUCAUCGAUUUCCAUCCGCAUCUCUACCCAGAUACAGCGGCCGGCGCGCCAGCGUUGGAGCCGCAACAGUGGCUAGAAGGACACGACGGGCAGCUUCGAAAGGUCAGCGUGGAUCCCGCACGGAGGAGUGAGUGGAUAGCAGUGAGAGGCAGUCAGCAUGGUAUCCCCUCUGCAGGCCCUCCGUCCGCUGGAGAGACGGGCCGCAGAGCGGAUCAGUCUAAUGAUGCCCUGCCGAACGGACGCUCUGAAGUACAGGCAGCGGCAUCAGCCCCGCCUACGAACGGUCCCAACUCUAACGUGUCAAGCGGAGAUCCUACUAUAGCGACAUCGGAAGUGCCCGCAGCGGCCCAAGAGGCUACAUCACGACCCGAAGCUCCGGCAGCGACAUCAGUGAAACCUUCCAGUCUGCCACCGCCGACACGGCUUGCCUCGAAUACUGAAGCAUCAAGAAGUCCUCCUGCUAGCUCAACACAACCAAUUGCCACGCCUACGAAGACCGUCUCUUCGAAGCCUCUUGGGACGCCGUCAACGUCGAGCUGGUCUAGAACCACACUGACAGGGUCUACUCCUCUUCUGCCCGCCUUCUCCUCGAUACCCGCUUUCGACACUUCCACUUCUCCUUCUGCGCGGGCCUUUCUGGUCACCCCGUUACAUCUUCUCUAUCCUCUCUCUGGAGCCGGCGGUCGCCUGGCCUUCCAUCAGGUAAUGCGAGAAGGCCGACUUCCCGAAGCUCAGGCGAUCAGCUGGGUCGAGACAGCCAACAACAUCGCUGACUUUGAGGCAGACAUCUUCAAUCCUCGACGAGUAGCUACCAUCGGCGAGGACGGGCUCAAGAUGUGGCUCCUUCCUGAGGCGCCUCGACUCCAGGCUGGUCAAGCAGUCAGCAAGCCGACAGACGAGUACUCGCAGACAAUUGUCAGCAGUCCAACUUUCACGCUGCCGCUGCCAGAUCUUGGGAGAGGUUGCAAAGUCUCGUUCAAUCCUAUUGCCUCUGACGUCCUCGUCGUAGCCGGCGCCGAUGGCCUAGCGAUUCUGGACACUGCUGCUGCAGAGGCCAAGAUCCUCUCUGAGCUGGCGGCCGGUGUAGCAGAAGCGGAGUGGUCUCUCGAUGGAUCUCUCAUCGCCUUCGCACGCUCUGACCGAAGAUUGGUCCUAUGGGAUCCGCGGACACAGGUCCAAGCCGAGAUUGCAGCGCACGACUCCUCUCGGCCGUUCAAGAUCUGUUGGAUCGACGAAGAGCACCUGGUCACCGUCGGCCACAUGGCUGGCUCUACCAGGCAAGUGAAGCUUUUCAAGCUGUCUCGAGGACCAGAUUCGAUUACCAUCUCAGAAAAGGGCAGAUUAGCACUCGACACGAGCCCAGCAAUCCUCUUCCCCCACUACGACGCCGAUGCGCAACUCCUCUACCUCUGGUCAAAGGGGGAGAGAUCGAUCUCUGUCCUGCAGGUUUCGUUAGACCCUCCCAAGCCCAAAUUUGGAGUAGCUGCUCCCCUCUUCAAGGCCUUGCCAGCCUUCCAGCACUCGACGCCUCAGCUGGGUAUCAGCUUCCUUCCGAAGCGCUACUGCGACGUGAAGGCAGUAGAAGUCGGCCUGAGCUACCGACUUUCGCGGACGCAAGAGAUUCAGAUCGUCAGUUGGAAGGUCGAGAGGAAGAGGAAAGAUUUCUUCCAAGAUGACGUGUUCCCUGCCACCCGCGAUGUUGAGACGCCUGUCGUCUCGGCGUCAGAAUGGUGGAGCGAGCGCGCCCCAGUCAAGAUGUCAGAGCUGCCUCAUAUCGAUCUCCACCCGAUUGGCAUGACACCGCUCUCUCAAGCACCUCCUCCGGAGACGACAGUCUCUUCGUUGGCAAAGGCCCCGACGCAGAGGAUGAUGACGGCCAAGGAGAGGGACGACGAGCUGAUGAACAAUGUCUUCAGCAAAGCCAAGGACAGGGAUGCGGAGGAGGAGAUGGAGGAUACUGCAGCGAGGAAGAGGGCUCCGGCUGAUGAUGACUGGGGAGACGACUGAGCGGGUCACUGUAGCGAUGCAGACCUCGAUGUAUGUAGCUUGAGUCGAGUGGUAUCAUAUUACAAAGGUGUGGUGGUAGUACAGAUGUGAGGAUGCC